AUGUACAGUCCCAAGGCACAAAACACAAAAGCCCUGAGCCCCUGAAUUUGAAAAAGACUACCAAAAGCUGACAAGAAAUUACCCCCCAUGGUGGUAAAACCGUAGUUCUCUACUCCUUCCAAACCCGUUUCUGUCAACUAAUACUCUCUCCCCAUUGUAUGUUUUAAUCAUAACCAAUAUUUUGCUGCACACUCCCCACCAUUUUCUUCCAAGCAGAAGUGAGCAAAUAGCAGAGUCAGCACUGAGAAAAAUAAACACUGAAACACAACAGCACUACUUCAACUACUACUCAAACCAUAACCUUCACAGAAAGCCUUUCUUUUUUCCCCAGAAACACACACACACACACAUACAGAGUGGUGACAUAACAUUAGUACAUUCACCAGAGAUUCUUUUUCCCACUCAAGAUUGAAGAACUGUCUGAAAAGUUCUGAUCUUUACUUCUAUAUACACUCAGUAUUCGUUUUUGCUUCAAUUCUUUUUUGGGGGUUUUCUGAAAAUGGAGAAAAUUGUGGUUGUUGUUAACUGUAAGCUUAAAGCUUGUGGUAUUGUGUAGUUCCCUGUAAAGGGUCUUCUCCAUUUUACUCAUUUAGAGAGAAAAGUUUUAGCUUUUCUCUAUCUUGUUAUUUCUUUCCUCUCUUUCACUUUUCUCUCCACUCUUAGAAUGGGUUGCAGGAAUAUGAUAGUAGUGAAUUUGGAUCCACAAAGAAAGAGAAGUGGUGGAUUGAGAACUAAACAGGCAGGACGUGGUUCUUGCAGGGGAAGUUAGACUCUUUACUGCAAAAAAAAAUGUCUUUUCUCUCUUGAGAAGUCCAUAUAGUAUGUAAUAUAUUAUUUUGGUGCCUUCUGGGGUUAUAUACACACACACGCACACACACAGUGACACAUAACAAAACA